AUGGACGCAGACCAGGAGUCGAACAACCAUCGCGGUUCAGUGUCGUCCAGUCGUUCCCUGGAGAUUCCCGCCACGCCCUCGCGUUCGCCCAAAAAAGUGUCCUUCUCGGAUGAGCUGCCCCAGUCGCAAACUCCUGCCCAGCAACCCAUUAACCAGCAGCCAGCGCCCACGGUUGUGAGUCACGUGCUCCAGCAGGCUGCCCAGUAUCUGGAGCGUUUGCAUGGAGCACGCGAUUCCGUCGAGGAAAAGACGGAGCAAGUGCAGCCAGAUGGUGAGAGAGCUGAUAUCAGAGAUAGCAGCGAUACCAGCGAAGCGGCCGUUCUCGAUUUGGAUGCACUGGAUGCAAGUGUUGAUGAACCGGCGGCAAAUGCUGGCCCAAUCGUGGCCAGCUCGCCAAGUAUUCUAGUUGCCAGCGUUGGCAAGCAGGAAGCGAUUGGCAGUGCAAAUGGAAAUGGAAAUGCGAAUCCGAAUCAGCGGCAAUCAAAUUUGUACAUGGAACGAUACAACCUCAAUUUAGAUAAGAACUGCAGCUCCAUGGAGCUGGAGGCGCGCCGGGAGAAGCAGCGCUGGCUCCUCAUAUCCGAGUGCAGUGCACUUUUCGACGAGGGCGAGGGCAAACACACCAGGGAGGCCUUCCGCAAGCUAUUCCUGGACGAGGAAUUCCAGCAGAAGCUCUUCCAGCUGUUUGAUCUCGAGCGGAAUGGCUAUCUCCUGCAAGAUCGCUGGAUCGAGCACCUCAAGGGUCGGCUAACGGACGAUCGCCAGAUGGACUUUGCCGAGCAAAUUGAGUCGGUGGCCUAUGUGAUCUGCGGUGAGAACAAGAGGGUUUCCUUCAAGAACUUCCGCGACAUCUGGCAUACCAGAGGGAUCCUCGACAAGCUGUACCGCCUGAUUGAGUUGGAUGGAAGCAACUUGGUAUCCACCAACCAGGUAAUGGAGUUUAUCUCUCAUCUGACCAACUCCCGGCCAAGGACCGGAUUCGACAAGAGCUCGCUGGCCCGGCUGGAACAGCUUUUCCGUACUACCGUGGGCAACGAGCAGGAGAUUCGGCGGGAGGAGUUCCAGAAGAUAGUUACCUCAAAGAAUCCUUUCUUCACAGAGCGGGUUUUCCAAAUCUUCGAUAAGGACAACUCGGGUUCCAUUUCGUUGCAGGAGUUCAUUGAUGCCAUACACCAGUUCUCUGGUCAGUCGGCAGAUGACAAGAUUCGCUUUCUGUUCAAGGUCUAUGAUAUAGAUGGUGACGGGCUAAUUCAGCACAAGGAGCUGCACGAUGUUAUAAGGCACUGCAUCAAGGAGAACGGCAUGGAGUUCUCCGAGGACCAGAUCGAGGAUCUCACCAGCGCCAUGUUCGAGGAUGCUGAUCCGCACAACAGCGGUGAAAUCACGUACGAGGCGCUGAAGAACCAGCUCCAUAAGCACGGUGGCCUACUGGAGAAUCUGAGCAUAACAAUCGAUCGCUGGUUAGUGCCCAUCGCAGAAGAUCGGCAGGCGGGAGGAGCAGCCAAGAGCGGAUUCUGGAACUCCCUGCCCCAUCAGUUCUCGCUGGCCUACAUGAAGAACAACCAGGUGUUCGUCACAUACCUCUUCUUCUACAUCACCGUCAAUCUGUGCUUGUUCAUAUCCCGCGCUAUCCAGUAUCGUGCCAGUAAUGGUUUCGUCAUCAUAGCUAGAGCUUGUGGACAAUGCCUGAACUUCAACUGUGCCUGGGUCCUUGUACUAAUGCUGCGGCACUCACUGACUUACCUCAGGGGUCGUGGGUUGUCCUCGUACCUGCCACUGGAUCACCACGUCUAUCUGCACAAGCUGACGGGCAUCACGAUCUCCGUACUGAGCUUGGUUCAUACGAUAAUGCAUCUGUUCAACUUUUCCAUCAUCGUGAUCAACGAUCCAAACAUCAACGCGGGUCAUUACACCAUAGGGGAAUGGCUACUCACAGAUCGUCCGGGUUUGUUUGGCCUGAUACCAGGAUGUGCUAAUCCCACGGGAGUAGCGCUACUGGCCAUCCUGGUGGUGAUGUUCGUGUGUUCACAGCCCUUUGUGCGGCGGAAAGGCAGCUUCGAAGUCUUCUAUUGGACGCAUCUGCUUUAUGUGCCCUUCUGGAUACUGUGCCUCUUCCAUGGACCCAACUUCUGGAAGUGGUUCAUGCUCCCAGGACUCGUCUACAUAGUGGAAAGGGCACUUCGCUUCAUUUGGAUGAGGGGAGAGCAUGGCAAGACGUACAUCAGCUCCGGGCUGCUUCUGCCCUCCAAGGUGGUGCAUCUGGUGAUCAAGCGACCACAUCACUUUAACUUCCGUCCCGGCGAUUAUGUCUUCGUGAACAUACCGGCCAUUGCCAACUAUGAGUGGCAUCCUUUUACCAUUAGUUCGGCGCCCGAGCAGGAGGACUACAUGUGGUUACACAUACGCACCGUGGGCGAGUGGACCAAUCGCUUGUACCGCUACUUUGAGCGGGAGCAGCAAAAGCUGCAGCAAAGUGGCUCAUCGCAAGAGAUUCCCCAACACAUGCACGCCAUUCCCACGCCCAGUUUCAUGCUCCUCAACGAAGCUCGCAACCCUGCUAUAGCCGGAGAAAGAUCAGCUACGCCACAAACUGAUUUCCUGGCCAAGAAUUUGGGCGUGCAGGCUGUGCCGCCAGUGCGUCCGCCCCGCCAGAACCGCAAGCCCGCGCCAGGAGCUCCUACCGAUACUCCAGCCACGGGUGUUAACCGCAUACGCAGCAUUAAGAAGAGCCUGCAGCGGACAUUCUCCAGAAAGGAGGCAGUGGACCCAAAGAAGGGCAUCCCAAACGGAGCUUUCAUUGCUGAUGGCGAGCGGGAGGACUCCAACUUGAAGCAGAGACCGCUGGAGAAGAGCAUUUCUCUGCCGGACAUCAGUGUGAAGACUAAAAAGCGGAGUCGCCUGAAGGCACUUCGAGCUUUGGGUCGCUCUGAAUCGGAGUCUGCCUUUGAUGAGAAGCGGGUGCGCCGCGCCAGGAACAACAGCGUGGGAUUGGCCUAUCUCAGUCCGCAAAACAAGUCGCUGGCGCAGAGUUUCCGAUACAUGCGUACCAAGCCCACUAUCAUCGCCUUCAAGACGCCCAGCAUGGAGGAGCGGGAGCAUCAGGUGGCGGCAGGAGAAGUCAACGGAUCAAGUCCAGCUAGCCGAGCCGAACAGGGUCAACUGGGUUCGAAGAUGGAUUCAGCGGACAAGUUGCAGGUGGCCAGGCUAAGCUUGUCCGGCGAGGGGGCAUCCAAGCCAUUGGAGGAUCAAACACAGACGGGAUCGCCUAGCAGAAAAUCUAUUCUGCGACGACCCACAUUCCUGCGCUCCCUGUCCGCCUCCAUAAAUAACAGAACCGGAGGAGGUGGUGGGGGAUCAACUGGUAGCUCCACAACUAACAGCGGUGGCAAAGUGACACUUGAUGCGGGAGUCAUGGAGAUUUUUAUCGAUGGCCCAUAUGGAGCACCGUCGAGUCACAUCUUUGGCGCUCAGCACGCGGUGCUAAUUGGCACGGGCAUUGGAGUCACACCGUUUGCCUCCAUUCUGCAGUCCAUCAUGCAUCGGUAUUGGAAAGCCCGGCACAGUUGCCCGAGGUGCCAAUUCGAAUGGGCCAGCGAGAUACCCAAGUCUGUGAUGAAUCUGCGGAAGGUAGACUUCUUCUGGAUCAACAGGGAUCAAAGAUCCUUCGAGUGGUUCGUCAAUCUGCUGUCCCAGCUGGAGAUCGAGCAGGCAGAGCUGGGCGGUGCCAUGGAGCGAUUCCUGGACAUGCACAUGUACAUAACAAGUGCGCUGCAAAGAACCGACAUGAAGGCAGUGGGUCUCCAACUAGCUUUGGACUUACUGCACGAAAAGGGCAAGCGGGAUCUGAUCACGGGUCUGAAAACCCGCACCAAUGCCGGCAGACCGAACUGGGAUAAGGUGUUCAAGCAGCUGCAGGCCCAGCAAAAGGGGAAGGUCACCGUCUUCUACUGCGGCCCACCACAGUUGGCCAAAACGUUGAGAUACAAGUGCGACCAGUACGGAUUUGCCUUUCGUAAGGAGUGCUUCUGAACAAGCCGCCACAUCCAUCGCCCACAUCUUCCCGUCCAGUUUCAUCUCCACACCACUCGCUCUGUGUCAAUCCCCUUCGUUCAUCGUGUUCUCAUUUGCAUAAGCAACGGGUUUAUUUCGGGUUCGGUUCGGUUUAGCUUAGCUUAGAUGGCUAUUUAUUCGUCACUUGUCUUGUUGCCUCAUUGUUGAGUGUGUCCCCAGCUUGUAAAUAUCUAUAUCUAUCUGUAUAAUCUAUAUGCUCAUGCAAUAAAGUUUGUUACCCAAUGUGCCGUCCAA